AUGACUUCACCAUCAUUACCAUCAGCUUCGCCGCAACCUCUUUUACCAGUGAGAUCGCCGCCACCGACUACCGACCCGUAUGAGUUUGUCAUUAGUGACCCGGAGUUUGAGUCACCGUCUGGUCAAGUUUCGACGGAUAUGUUGGGCAUGUUAUCCGAGCCCGUGGAUGUCGGUGUGGAUUCAGAUGAAGAAAGAUUAAGACCACGGAGACUAAAUGUUGCGGAACGCAAAGCACUGAAUGUCUAUACUCAGAUGGUUAAAUAUUGUCUGCUUUGUGACUUCAUGACUGUUGGCCAUAAGCUUGGGAGGCACCUUGAAAACCGCCACAGGUCGCAGAUAAAAAAGCCCCGAGACCUCAACAUUAGGAAGAUAUGCCAACACAUUGCCUCGGAAUCCCGCAAGUCCUAUUCCGUUGUCCCAUUGCGGGUGAUAGAAAAGAAGUUGGGCUCAUAUUGGGAUGACAGGUGCUUCAGAAGCAUCGCCCACGAACUCACGACCAUGGGAAGGAUGAAGACUUAUGGCGGAAGUUGGAAUCUUCCUGGUGUAUCAGAUACGUCAAACCCAUUUGAAUGUUUUUUCACCGAUAGCGAUUUCGGUCACGAUACACUGGUGAAGAAUGUAUUUGCGACACCGGCGGUGCCAGUCCUUCCAAUACCGGAAACCUCCGGCGUAACCAUUUCAAUAUCUGGACCUUCAGGCACAUCAGGCAGACCAGCCACCCCGGAAAACAUAAUGAUGACAAAAACAAAUGUACCAUCUUCGGAAUCGAAAUUGCGCAAGGCUUCGGAAGCUUUAGGUCUUAACCAUCAGCUUCCAUCCAAUCAUCCAUUGAUUGUAAUGUUCAGAAAGACGUUGGAAAUUAGCCACGGGAAUAAUUCACAAGCAGCAACCAAUUACGUAUCCAAUGUUUUGCGGGUGUUGUGCUACGUGCACCAACAACUGGCCGCCAAUAAUUUACCACCGAAACAUUGGGCGGAUCUGGUUACGGCCGAUGUGGAAUUUUACAUCGACUUCUUUCGACGACGAGAGGAAAUCGGGCAGACCAAGGCUACGACGAUAAAUUAUAUGAAAAACUUACGGCUACUAUUUUCAAACAUCAUGAAAUCCUUUAUAUACGAGGACCAGUCGUUCCCGAAAGGGUUCGAUCUGUUGCCGUGUGUACAUACCAUCACCAACAUCAAGCUUUUAGAGCACAAGCUGGGACUCUUAUAUAAUAGGACUACAAAGCAGCAGCCAACGGAAAUGUUUGCGAGGAAAACAACAGAAGGCGAGAAUUUGCCAGAUUACUCAAAGGUAGUCGAGUCGAUAGUUAAUAUUUGUGAGACAAUGCCCACUAAUCUUACGCUGCUGGAGCAAAAGUUUUCGAAUUUGGGAACAGUCGUCGUACGCAGCGAGAAAAACAGCGCCCCUGCAGAAAAACAACUUUCAAACCUUUGGCGUAAGGUGACGUGUGGUCUGGCCAUUAAUUUAUUAUGGACCUCGAAGCAGAGGAGUGGUGUCGCAGUGAACAUGGUGAUUAGAGAGUGGGAAUCGCGUAAAACCCACAACACUAAUUCAAUAGUGACAGUGACAAACCACAAGACUGGCGACAAAGAACCCGCGACCAUCGUUUUCAACGAACACAUGACGGAUUUGAUGGAGAGGUAA